UCCUCCUUUCCCGAGCGAGCAUGGAGAGCCGCGGCGGAGAGGAAGGCUCCCGAGCUCGGGGGCGCCCGCAGGAGAGGCGCUAGGCCAGGCAGCCCCAGCGUCCUCCCCAUGUCGGGCGUGCGGAGGCGGCAGGGGGCCGGGGGGGUCUCGUCGUCGGGCAGGCAUGGAGUGGCUCAAGAGGAAGACGCCUGCAGGAACCCCCGGUUUCAUUUCGACUUGUGGUUUUAUUUCACUCUGCAGAACUGGGUGCUGGAUUUUGGGCGCCCCAUUGCCAUGAUCGUGCUUCCGUUGGAAUGGUUUCCCCUGAACAAGCCAAGUGCUGGAGAUUAUUUUCACAUGGCUUACAAUGUCAUAACGCCCUUUAUUCUUCUGAAGCUCAUCGAAAGGUCCCCCAAGACUCUCCCACGGUCCAUGGUAUACAUCUGCAUCAUCACCUUCGUCAUGGGAGCCAGCAUCCACCUGGUGGGGGACUCCGUCAACCACCGGCUGAUCUUCAGCGGCUACCAGCUCCACUUGUCCGUCCGGGAGAACCCCAUCAUCAAAAACCUCAAGCCAGAGACACUGAUUGAUUCAUUUGAACUGCUGUAUUAUUAUGAUGAAUAUCUGGGCCAUUCAAUGUGGUACAUCCCUUUCUUCCUUAUCCUGUGCAUCUAUUUUUCUGGCUGUUUCAUCCCCAUUAAAGAAGAGCAGCAGAGGAUACCUGUGGCUGCUUUACUCCUCAUUGGGCCCAGCAGCCUCUAUUACUGGUACCUUGUCACAGAAGGGCAGAUCUUCAUCCUCUUCAUCUUCACCUUCUUUGCUCUGAUGGCUCUGGUGAUGCACCAGAAGCGGAAAGGCUUGCUCAUGGACAGCAACGGACGCUUCCUUUUCUACUCCUUCAUCAUCACACUGGUAUUGAUCGCCCUGUGGGUCGGCUGGCUCUGGAACGACAAGAUCCUCAGGAAGAAAUACCCCGGCGUCAUCUACAUUCCGGAACCGUGGGCUUUUUACACCUUGCACAUGAGUAACCUGCACUCUGCAAAGGGGGAGAGCAUUUAACUUUGACUCUUUGGUUGGGGGGCGGCGGAGAGAGAGAAUUUGAAAAUGCAACCCUUGGCCCCAGUCUGCUCUGUUGCAAGCACCAUUGAAGAGGGCAUGAUGUGUGCAGUGGAUCAGGCCCACAGUACAGAGCAAGAGAAGUUCCUUUCUCCCCCACCACCACAAAAAAAAAUUCAAUGGCUAAUCCUAACGUAGCUCAGAUAAAGUGCUGCAUUGUGGUCCUAUGCAGGUUUACAUGGAAACAAGCUCCAGUGAAUUCAUUGGGGCCUACUCGCAAAUAAAGCCAGGCCUACUCAGAAAUAAAUGCUGUUGAAUUCAGUGAGGCUUCAUGCCCACGUAAAUUGGGUUAGGGUUGCAGCCCAUGUCUGUUUAGAAUCACAGCCUUAGUCCGUAAUAAGGGCAUGUGUGGGUUGUACAGAGAAUUAUUUACACCCAUUGGGACCCACCAUUGAACCUGAAAUAUUUGUCUGCUUGAGCUCUAGGUUUCUUCAUCCUUCUAGUUCCUAUGGCUGAUAAGGUAACCUUGUAAGCACAUCAGCAGAGACUGUGAGGAUCUCAGAAACCAGAGAGGAUCAUCUCCAGCAGGCCUCCCAUGGUCAGGGCAGGUUCAGCGCUAUGCAUACCCACUUGUUCCCUGUUUUCCUUCCUGUGUCCUGCAGAAUAAACUAUGCAAAAGAGAAGUGAAUCUGCUUCUUCUGUACAGUCUAGCUUAGUUCUCGCUGCCUUUUUCUUAAAGCCCAGGGUUGGGAGAGGCCCACCGAUGUCUGCUUUUGGUUUUGAGAGCAGCUACUGCUGAAAUUUUCAGUGGGAGUUGCUUUUUUGUUUUUGUUUUCUUUAUCUUAAUAGAUAAUAGAUUUUGAAAUGCCCUCUGAUCAUUUUGCAAGAGGAAGAAUACUGUUGAUCCCACUGGGGACCCCACUUCUUAAAUCACUCCAUAAGGCCCUGCUGGGCUCACUAUCUGAAGCAGCUGGAGGGCACCAGGUUGGGGAAGGCUGUAGAAGAUGCAGGUGCAUGCAUGCGCACACACAGCCAUGUUCAGAACCUGAUCCUAAAGCAGAACCUCAAGAAUGGCCACUGAGGCAUACUCCACAGCUCUGAUCACGCUCUGAUCAGGAAGGCUAAAUUUCUGCCACUUGUCGAAAUGGAUGUUUCCUCCUUGCCGCAUGCCCUCUUUGUUCCACUGUCUGUUCUCCUCUCUAUGCUUUUCCUCCCCUUUGAUACUCAGGUAGAAAUUUUUUAAUUCUAAGGGAGGUGCACGGUUAUUUCUUCAAAACUUUUUAAGGACUUGUUGAGUAGAACUUUCCUUUGUAACCUCAAAUUCCUGGACCGAACCUUCAUUGACUGUUCGCCUUCCAUGACUUUGCCGUGUGUACAUUUAUCCUGAGUGUGAUCCAAACUAAAAGUUUGUUGGCAGAGAAAUAAAAGUUUGCUAAAGUC